UGCUUUAUUAUUUUUUUUUAUCCUUGCUAGAUAACAGCAUGAGCAAACCUACGCUUGAAAAAAUGGAGAUUGGAACUGAUGCAUCCUUAGAAGGCAUUCCAUCUAAAGUAAAGAAGUCAGAAAAACACAACUGUUCUGAUGUUGAAACAAAAUUACAACCUUCGGGUGCAAAGGAGCCAAAGGAACCCAAGCAGUUGAAUGAAGAUAAUUUGAAUAUUGUUCUUGACCAGUGCAAUGAAAGUGAGGUUGGUCUGACUGAUAGAGCUGAAGGAAGAAGAGAAGUAUUACAAGAAGAUCCUAAGCCAAUGCAGUUGGAAGAAUGCACACCAUCUGAACAGAAUAAUAACACUGAAGCAAAUGUCAAGGAAUCAAAUGUGACUCCGAAAGCUGUUUAUAUGAAUGAGAUGGGUGAACCUGUAAAAUCUGAGAAAAAGAAGAGAAGGAAGAGAAAAGAUAUGGAUUUGGACGAAAGAACAACUACAAAAGAAGAGUGCACACCAUCUGAACAGAAUAAUACAGAUGCAAAUGUCGGUGAAUUAAAUGUGACUUCAAAAGUUGCUGUUUCAAAAGUUGUUGUGGUUGGACUCAGUGCAGUAGAAAAAUCAGAGAAGAAAAGACAGACAAGAAAAAGAUAAGGAUUCAGAUGUAGGAACAACGACAACUACAAUAUUUUGAGGUAUUUAUAAUCUCUUAUUAAAAUAAGUGUCCUUGAUGAUUCUUGUGCCAAUUUCACUCACUUAGAAAUAGUGUUUUCCUGAAAUUUGGAA